CCGUGUUGAGCUGUACACUUGUACUAACAAAUUUCCUAACCCCAUAGAAGUAAUCCGUCAACAUGGAGAUCUUAUUUAAAGCCUUUCAAAAACUCAUCCUCUCCAUCAAGAACGAUCUGAUCACUGUGUGUAUUGAUCAUGGCUCAACCAAGUUAUCCUCCUUUAUUCUCUCCAGUUUCUGUGAUAGGGUCACAGUUCAUGUUACCAUAUCAAUUCGAUAUGAUAAUUGAUAUAAAUUCAAGCGGAAACCUUGUGAUCACAGAUACUAACCAUAAAAUCAUGCUCAAAGUGAAACCAUGCGACUCAUCCUUCCACCUUCAGCGAGUGUUGCUCGAUGUUUAUGACAAACCCAUCUGCAUGAUCCGAGAGAAGAUCAUGAGUGAGCAUAAUCGAUGGAAUGUGUUUAGGGGUGAUAGUAAAAGCAAAUCGGAUAUAAUAUUUAGCACAAAGACACCUGGCAUGAUCCAGUCUAAAACCAGUGUACAUGUGUUCUUAGCAAACAAAGUCAGUAGUAAAGAUGUUUGUGAUUUCAAGAUCAAAGGAAGCUGGUCGAAGAAAACCUGCACUGUCUAUAUAGGAGAUACUUCAACAACAAUCGCCCAAAUGUAUAAAACGCAAUCAUGGGAGAAUGGGGAGUACGUUAAGGACAAAUUCAUGGUGACAAUUUAUCCCAAUGUCGAUUAUGCUUUUGUGAUGACACUUAUAGCGAUUGUUGAGGCUAUGAAAAGCUCUAACACAGAUGACGUUGUUGAGGAAGUUAUUGGUUCACUUUUUCCCUAGUCAUAUCAGUUGCAUUCUCUGUUCCUAAAUUCCUGACUGGAUUGUAUUAUACUGUAUAAUUCUUGAGUUUUCUUA